CUACAAUAUAACAUUUAAAUAUAAUGUCUGCGGGUAGUAUUUUCCAUAAAAUUCUUGAACCACGAGCACUCCACUUCUUCCGGAGACCAACAUCAUGUUGUAUUCCAGCAUGUCCUAUAGUUUCAGCCAGAACUUUUCGUCGCUCACUGAGAACGUUUCACUAUUCAAAGAUCACCUGGUUCAUACUGUACUUCCGCUUGAAGCGUGUGAUGUACCACACAAUGAAUACUUCCCAUUGUACGUCGCAGCUGCGACACUAGUCACUUCCUUAAUUCAUUAUGGAUUGACCGUUCUUUCUUUCUCUGCUUCGGGAAAUUCCCAAACGACGGGCAAGCGUCCUCCGCUGGUACCACACUGGAUACCUUUUCUAGGAAGCAUACCUCUUGACUUCUGGUGGAACCCACGAAAAUUCGUUUUGUCGUCGAGAUAUGUAUUCUGGAGUCCGCAUCCAAUUAAAGUACGUCUUGCAUUUGGGGACUUCUACAUUCUCCAAGGUGCAAAAAAUAUCCUUGCACUCUUCAAGCAACACGCCCUCUCUGCAUUCGUUCUACACGGAUCUCUACUCCGUUACGUCUUUAGACUCCCAGAAGCUGCAGCCGGUGUUUACUCCAAAGACGACUCGGGAGAGCACCCAAAGCCACAUGCGGAUAGCAAAGUCGAACCUCGCAACCGCGUGGACUUUCUUACGCGCUCAUCCUUCCAACGUUUCCUUACUGGUCCGGGUUUCGCUCCGUUUUCCAAACGUUUCGUGCGCAGUGUCACCCACCGCUUCCAGUCCCUUGAUGUCGGAAAUGACUGGACGCAAUGGAACAACCUUGCCGAUCUCUUCCACCACGAUCUGACGAGCUGCGCAAUCGAUGCCAUGUGCGGGCCCAAACUUCUAGAACGCCACCCCAACUUCACUAAGGACUUCUGGGUCAUGGAUCAUAAUGUUAUGGCUCUAUUUACCUGCACUGCAAGAUUUCUAGUCCCGAGCGCCUACCGCGCUCGUGAUCGCUGCCUGGCAGCAGUGAAAGACUGGCACUGUUGGGCACGAGAGAACUUCGACCCUGCAUCCAUUGGUUCCGACGGUGACGAUCCGUUCUGGGGAACAAAGUUUUUCCGAGAGAGACAAGAUAUGUUUUAUAGCAUGGACGGAUUUAAUGCCGACGCAGUAGCAUCUCAAGAACUUGCUUUCAUUUGGGGCGGCAACACAAACGCCAUCAUAUCAGCAUUCUGGUGCACGCUCGAAGCCUUCCGCGACCCAGACCUCCUCCGUGACGUCCGUGUGGAGGUCAAUUCAUGCAUCAAAUCCCACACCACCGACGACUUGACUUUCGACAUAGACUGUCUUCUCCGGCAACCCAUUCUCCAGGCUAUAUAUGCCGAAACAUUACGCCUCCGGGUAAACGGGUUUUUAGUUCGUUGUCCACUCAAAAGCGACCUGAAAAUCCACGAUUACACAAUCCCAAAGAACCACUUCGUCCUUACAAGUUCAACUCCUGGCCACAUGGACCCAGAAAUCUGGUCCACUGGCACAAACGCCGCUCAUCCACCAGAGAAAUUCUGGCCCGGGCGAUUCUUGAAGCAGAGUCCCAACCCCUGCUCCACUGCCACUCAUUCCAUCACACAAUUCUCUCUCUACGGAACCGAAGGCUCCUGGAUGCCUUACGGUGGGGGCACUCAUACCUGUCCUGGCAAGAACUUCGCUAAGCUGGAAAUCCUUCUCAGCAUGGCUCUUAUGGUCACGCUGUAUGAUGUUGAGAUUCUGGCAAGUGAGGCGGAUAUGGAGAUGAGUACGAGGAAUUUUGGGUUUGGGACGCUGAGUCCAAAGGGGAAGAUUCCGGUGAGGGUGAGGAGGAGGCGGAUAGGCGGGCUGUGAAGGGGCAAGGGAGCUGUUUAAUAUUAAUCUGUAAGUCUGAUGUUUUUUUUGUAAUGGAUGGAAUCGUAUAGGAGAGGGAAGGUUCACGAAAUUCCGG